AAAGAGAUGAAAUCAUUAGGAAUUGAGAAGAUCCCUAGCGCUGGGUGCGGGGACUACUCCAGUGGACCUACGGAGAGAAGAUUCAGUCCCUACUCCGACAACGGAGGAUCUGUUGUUGCCAUCGCAGGAGAAGAUUAUGCAAUCAUUGCGUCGGAUACAAGACUUUCAGGCCAGGGUUACGCUAUCCUGAGCCGUGAGCAGCCGAAGCUGUUCAAAUUGUCCAACCAAACCGUCUUGGGAUCCACUGGAUGCUGGUGUGAUAUUCUCACAUUCUGCAAGGUUGCGAGUAUGCGCAUGAAGAGUUACCUCCAUGACCACAGCAAGGUGAUGAACACACCCGCUGUGGCACAGAUGACCUCCGUCAUGCUCUACCACAAGCGCUUCUUCCCCUACUACAUCAGUAACAUCCUGGCUGGAUUGGAUGAGACUGGUAAGGGUUGUGUGUACUCCUACGACCCUGUGGGACACUGUGAGCGGAACAUGUACCGUGCCGGGGGUAGUGCCUGUACACUGCUCCAACCCCUCCUGGAUAAUCAGGUUGGGUUGAAGAAUAUGCCAGGAGAGGAGAAGGUUCCUAUUUCUAUGGAGAAGGCCAUGAAUAUAAUCCAUGACGUAUUUAUCUCCGCUGCUGAGAGAGAAAUCCACACUGGGGACGGAAUAUUCUUCAAUAUUAUCACCAAGGAUGGAAUCAAGACGGAGACUGUUCCGCUGAGACGAGACUAGAGGGUUCCCAUAUCAGUGAUCAAGAACUAGAAUUUAUGGACAAUUAGUCCUUUCCUAAACUAAUUUCUUGACACAUCGUCGGCUUUUCAGUAGGACCUCGUUCCUUAUUUUUUAAAUAUAUUUCCUUCGUUUUCCUUUUCGUCCUGUCGCUGUCCUUUAAUCCUUGGUUACCCUGUCCUACAUAAUAAAUUAAUUUCUAAAUUGUGAUUAAUUCUGCGGUUUUCACAGA